AUGUUCAGGCCCACCCGAUUAUGUCUGAGUGCUACAUCGAAGCGAAUCAAGAGAGUUAAAGUGCAACUACUGAAGGAUUUCCCGCAGUUUCAGCUUUCGAAAGGUCAAGUUACAGACGUCAAACCUUCCCUUAUGAGGAACUACUUGCAUAAUUUCAAUGGUGCUAGAUAUAUACUUAAGGAUACCGACGUAGACACGGUAUUGCUGAAGAGCUACAAGGUCAAUGAAGCCAGUACACAGAAAGAUCAACAACCGGCUGCAAAACUGAUGUCUAAAGCCCAAGUAAAAGAAGGGAGAGCUUUGGAAAAAAUGCUAGGUAAGCCCAGGGAGAAGAAAGUGCUGGAUAACGAUAUCUCUUUGAAAGAUGUAUAUAUUCCUGGUUUAGAUGCAUAG